AUGAAAGAUCUUGGUUCAUUGAAAUACUUCCUUGGGAUUGAAGUUUCUCGAUCCGGUGAAGGAAUUUUCUUAUCACAAAGGAAAUAUGUUCUUGAUCUGCUAAAAGAAGUGGUCAUGUCAGCAUGUCAGCCAGUACAUACACCUUUAGAAGAAAAGGUAAAUCUGUGUAUUGAACCUGAUCAAGUUCCUACUGAUAAAAGGAGAUAUCAAAGACUUGUGGGGAGAUUGAUGUAUCUAUCUCACACAAGGACAGAUCUUGCUUAUGCACUCAGUGUUGUUAGUCAAUUCAUGCAAAAUCCAGGUGAACAACACAUGGAUGCAGUUUUACGUAUUUUGAGGUAUUUAAAGUCUGCUCCUGGAAAAGGAAUUUUAUUCUCUAAAAAUGAAGAUUAUAGAAAGGUUGUGGCAUAUACAGAUUCUGACUAUGAAGGAGAAAUAGAUGGAAGACGUUCCACUGCAGGCUACUUUACCUUUGUGGGAGGUAACUUAGUUACUUGGAGAAGUAAGAAACAAAAUAUUGUUACACGAUCAAGUGCAUAG